AUGUCCAAAAACGAUCCUUGUAAACCUCAAGCUUGUGCAAUUCAAGACUGUCUAAAGGCAAAUAACUACAAUGAAUCCAAAUGCACAAAAGUUAUAGAUCAACUAUAUGAAUGCUGCACAACUUUUUAUAAAGACCAAGGUCAAGAUUCAAGAUCCCCAUGCUGUCCAACCCCUUCAUUAUUAGAACUCAAGAUCAAACAAAGAAAACAAGAGAAUAAAGAUGCAAACCUUUAUCAGCGAUAA